AUGCAUGAUCUAUUAAGGCAGCUUGCCCAUCAUUUAUCAAAGGAGGAUUGUUUACUCGGAGACCCACAAUUGCUGGAAAGUACAAUUGUAUCUAAACUACGACGUGUGUCAUUUGUAACAGACAAGGAAAUGGUUGUUUUGCCAAGUGUGGAUAAUCAACAACUCAAAAGUACUAGUAUAACUUGCCUUCCAGAGUCCAUUGGUUCAUUAAAAAAUCUUCAGGUAUUGAACUUGCAGCAUUGUGGCGAUUUGCACAACCUUCCAUUAACAGUCACUCGAUUAUGUAGUCUAAGGCGUCUAGGUCUUAAUAACACACCAAUAAACCAAGUUCCAAAAGGAAUAGGCAGAUUAAAGUCUCUCAGUGAUUUGGGAGGAUUUCCUAUUGGUGGUGGCAAUGCUAAUAGUGCUAGAAUGCAAGAUGGAUGGAACCUGGAAGAGUUGGGCCCUCUGAUGCUGUUGAGGAGCCUUGAAUUGAUUAAUCUGGAUAGAGCAGGUCCUUGUAGUACUGAUUCGCUAUUAAUAAACAAAAGGUAUCUCAAAAGGUUAUCUCUAUGGUGCACUGAAAGUACAGACGAACCAUAUUUUGAAGGUGUCGUAAUCAAUAUUGAGAAGACUUUUGAUUUGCUAAUCCCUACGCACAACUUGGAGGAUCUCAGUUUUUGUAAUUUCUUUGGUCGGAGGUUUGCUACCUGGCUAGGCACUGCUGCCCAUUUGCCUUCACUGACAUAUUUGAACCUCAUUGAUUGCAAAUCAUGUUUGCAUCUUCCACCAAUCGGUCAGCUCCCCAACUUGAAAUAUCUACAAAUCAAGGGAGCCCCUGCCGUCACCAAGAUUGGACUCGAAUUUGUUGGCUAUGGCGUGGGUAAUCUCAGAUCUACGGAGGCAGUAGCUUUCCCCAAGCUUGAAACCUUGAUCAUCAGGGAUAUGCCCAACUGGGAGGAGUGGUCCUUUGUUGCUGAAGAAGAAGAACAAGAAGCAACACCAGCAGGUAAGGAAAGGGUAGAGGAUGAGGCUGCUGCAAAUCAAAAGGAGGACGCCCAACCUCCAAGGACGCAGCUGCUGCCACGACUGAAGAAGAUGGAGCUUGACCGCUGCCCCAAGCUGAGAGCUCUCCCACAGCAGCUUGGACAGCAGGCCACCAGCUUGAAGGAGCUGAGAACCUCUGUUUCCUCUCAGAGGUCCUUGUAA